AUGAAAAUCACAGGCAUUAAGACGCACAUAUUCUCCUCACAGCAUCGCAACGCCAAGCGCAACUGGCUUAUAUUGCGCCUGACCACCGACGAAGGUAUCGAAGGGAUCGGCGAGGCGUCGAUGCUGAGCCACGACCCGAUGGUGGCAACGCUGCUGCACGAAUGGACGGAAGCCUAUCUCGUGGGCAAAAAUCCGCUGCACCACGAAGUUCACUGGACGCGCAUGUACCAGGACAAUCUAGGGCGUGGUGGUCGCCUUUUCAGCACUGCUCUCUCCGGCAUAGAUAUCGCGCUCUGGGACCUGCGAGGCAAGGCACUCGGCGUGCCUGUUUAUGAACUGCUUGGCGGUCCGUACACCGACCGCAUCCGUGUAUAUGCCAACGGUUGGUACACCAACCCCGGCUUACCCGAACAGAAUGCUGAGGAAGCACUGCGCGUAGAAGCGCAACUCGCCGAAGACAGAGUGGCCGCCGUGCGUGAGGCGGUCGGCCCCAAUGUGGAGAUACUGGUCGAAGUGCAUGCCAAGUUCAAUGUCUAUACUGCGAUACACCUCGGCAAGCGUCUUGAGCAGUAUCGCCCGUUCUGGUUCGAGGAGCCUGUGUCGCAGGAGAAUGUGUCGGAGAUGAAGCAGGUGCGGGACAAUGUGAAUAUUCCCAUCGCCACUGGUGAAAGGCUUUACACGAAGUUCCCCUUCUUCGAGCUAGUGAAGAACGAGGCGGUUGACAUCCUACAGCCCGAUAUGUGCAACGCCGGCGGGAUCACCGAAUUGAAGAAGAUCGCUGCCAUCGCCGAGCCGCAGCACAUCAUGAUGGCGCCGCACAACACCAACGCCGCUGUCGGCACGGUCGCCAGCUUCCAUCUUGACGCGGCAAUGCCCAAUUUCCUCAUACAGGAAUAUCACGCAGAGUUCUACGAGCCGCACUACUUCGAGGUAUUCGACGGAUUACCCCGACAGAAGAACGGCUAUGUGGAACUGCCAAAAGGCGCAGGGCUGGGUUUGACGUUUAAUGAAGAAGUAGCGAACGCUCAUCCGCACAUGCCGCUGGAUCAC